GCCGAGGGCACCGCGCGCGCCGGGCCCUGCUCCAGCCCCCGCCGCUCCUCGCCGCGCCCGCGCUGCUGCGCCUCCGCGCGCCCCCUCCGGCCGCUCUCCCCGAGCGCACAGGAGCGGACGGGGCGGCGGGCGGCGAUGAAGGGACCCCCGGGGACCCUGAGCCAGAUAGUCCCUGGGAAGCACGGCCCAAGGCAGCAGCCGGGGGUUGCCGGAGCCCGAGCCUAGCCGCUGCCCGCGAUGGACCGCGCCGCUGAGUACCCGGACUCGCCGCCGCUGCAGGUGUCCACUUCUGAGGGCUCCUGACCCUGCCCCUGAUCAACCACCCCUUGUCAGACUUCCUGGCCAGGAUUCUCCAAACCUGCUUCCGCAAUGGGUAACGAGGAGCUGUGGGCACAGCCAGCCUUGGAGAUGCCAAAAAGACGAGACAUCCUUGCGAUCGUCCUCAUCGUGCUGCCCUGGACACUGCUCAUCACGGUGUGGCACCAGACCACCCUCGCACCCCUGCUGACCGUCCACAAGGAUGAGGCCAGUGACCCCAGGCGAGAGGCGGCGGUGGGCACAGACCCCAGGGAGUACUGCAUGUCGGACCGCGACAUCGUGGAGGUGGUACGCACAGAAUACGUGUACACGCGGCCCCCGCCUUGGUCUGACACACUGCCAACCAUCCACGUGGUGACGCCCACCUACAGCCGGCCAGUGCAGAAAGCCGAGCUCACGCGCAUGGCCAACACGCUGCUGCACGUGCCCAACCUGCACUGGCUGGUGGUGGAGGACGCACCGCGCCGCACGCCGCUGACUGCACGCCUGCUGCGCGACACGGGACUCAACUACACGCACCUGCACGUGGAGACGCCCCGCAACUAUAAGCUGCGGGGCGACGCCCGCGAUCCGCGCAUCCCGCGGGGCACCAUGCAGCGCAACCUAGCGCUGCGCUGGCUGCGGGAGACCUUCCCACGGAACUCAACGCAACCCGGCGUGGUGUACUUCGCAGACGACGACAACACCUACAGCCUGGAGCUCUUCGAGGAGAUGCGCAGCACCAGGAGGGUGUCCGUGUGGCCUGUCGCUUUUGUUGGUGGCCUUCGGUACGAGGCCCCGCGGGUCAAUGGGGCAGGGAAGGUGGUUGGCUGGAAGACAGUGUUCGACCCACAUCGACCAUUUGCAAUCGACAUGGCUGGAUUUGCGGUCAACCUGCGGCUCAUCCUGCAGCGAAGCCAGGCCUACUUCAAGCUGCGCGGCGUGAAGGGCGGCUACCAGGAGAGCAGCCUGCUUCGAGAACUGGUCACCCUCAAUGACCUGGAGCCCAAGGCAGCCAACUGCACCAAGAUCCUGGUCUGGCACACCCGCACAGAGAAGCCAGUGCUGGUGAACGAGGGGAAGAAGGGCUUCACUGACCCCUCGGUGGAGAUCUGAGCCUCGGGAUGCAGGUAGGAGGUCAGGAAGUUAGGCCAGGAGCCUCCUCCUCCUUCAGACCCUAUUCUCAGCCUCCAUCCUCCUCCCAAGGCUGCUGGACCUCCAUGGCAGACUCGAAGAAGCACCAUCACCUCCUUGUUAUUCUGGGGGCCUCUCAGACAGCCCAGCUUGAUGCCAGGACAAAAGACAGAGAAUUUAAGCACAGAAACCCCAGACCUGUUUUCUCCAUCCAACACGACCCAGGACCUGAGAGACAGAGGGCUGGGAUGCAGCUGCCAGCAGCACUGGCACCCAGCACACUCUCAUUAAGCUCCCUGCCCUGACAGGGCCUGGGCAGCCGGUGGGGCUAGGAGGGAGGUGAGGAGACCUGUGGUCCAGCAGACACAGCCCGCACCAGCUCCCGGCUUCGGCGUGACCACACAGGCUGACCAGCCAGGGGGUACCGAAGACUGGAAAGCAGCCCCAGGCAUCACAUACAACCCACACUGUCCCUGGCACCUCCUCUUCCUGAGCCCUGCUCACAAAGCAGACAUACCUCUGGCUCUCCUCCGGUUCAUGUUUACAGAGCAUCAGGCGGCCCUUGAUCCCAUUGGCACCCAGCCCUGCAUGGCAGGGGGGCCCUGGGCCUGCUGGAAGUCCCCCAUACCUCAAGCUGUGACGGGAGUGGAGCCCAUUCCUCUGGCCCACUUCCCUCAAGCCUUCUCCUUCAGCAUUGGCAAGGAGGUGGCCCAGAGCCAGCACAGGUCACCGCCUGACCUGUACCCAGACCCACAGGACCCCACUGUCCACACACUGCCUCCCACAACCCUGGACUGAGAGGCUGCUUGCCUGGCCGGGAUCCAGAAGGGAAGAGGUCCACUUCCUGGAGCUUUGAUACCCUCAGAUAUCAGGGCUGGAAUGAGCAGUUGUGGGAAGACAAAAGAUCCUCCGGCUGCAGAGCAGAGGAAGGUGAGGCAGCCCCAGGUCCCCCCUGCCCAGCCCUGGUGUGUGUGCAGGUGGGGAAUGGCAGAGGGAUUUAGGGCAAGGAAACAGAUUACUGCUGAACAGACAGGAGACCUGAGUGCACACUGCUUUAGAAAUCAUUCUAUGUUUUAAAAGUAAGAAAGAAAAUCUCACUUCUCCCUAAGUUGGGAGCACGCAGAGCCAGCCCUCCUCAUACCCAGCUGCCCCCGCCGCCCCAGAGAGACAGUGUACAGUGAGCUGCUGCCCUCCACCGCGGUGCUGCUCAGGACCCAGCCUGAGGCCCAGCAGGCCCUGGUGUGAGCUUAGCGCAUGCUCCUGCAAGUUGGAAGCACAAUUUUUCUCCCACGUGGAGGAAAAGGAAAGAGAACAGAAGAGGUAUUUGUUUUUUUAACGGCUAACAGCCCCUACUCCAUUAAAACUCACAGGACAGGUUUGCAGACCACUGAGACCCUCCAGAGUGGAUGGGUGUGGGACUCAGUCCAGAGACCAAGUAUGCAGAGCAUAGCACUGGCUGCGUAUCAGGAAGUGGACCUUUUCCACGGUGUUCACCAGACCCUCUGCUGGAUCAGAUCCAGAACCACCUCACAGGAUGUCUUCCCAGCCUCUCCACUUGGAAAUAGACCACUGGCAUCAAGUGAGGGGGCAGAGGAGAGGGAGGUGGGGCACACCCACCGGUGAGCAAAUUUACAUCUCAACACUCUGCGCCUCACUCGUGGAAACGGGCCCUGGACACGAAGGUCAGAUGGCCUGGUCUGAGGCCAUCUUCUCAGCCAAAACCCAGGGCUCAUUUUCAGGAAGUUGACAAUGAACAAAAUGAGGAAAAAAAGUUCUUUUGGCAGAUGCUAGUCGGGUUGUUUUUUUCUUAAUCCCCUCUCUUAGCUGCAUGUAUAUUUAUUUAUAAUUAUAACCCUGGUGGGGUGCAGCCUUCUCUCUGUCGGGAAUGAGUUUGUUAUAGAUCACAACUGGUUCUGUUCUCCAACCCAGGCUACUCCAUGCCCCGCACCGGUGAGCCCACCCUGGGCAGCGAGGCCAGGUCAGUGCAGCCAGGGCAGAAGCUGGGGAGCGGAGAGCCCAGGCAGCUGCACCAUCUGCUCCAUUUUCAUUUAACUGUAAUUUGUUUUCAAAAUUAAAAGUCAGAUACAGUUUUUAACAGUC